UAAUUGCAUUUUACAGGGUCUGGAAAUAAAGUUGACAUUAAGCAUACUCAGUACAUGGGUGAAAUACAAAUCCCAAAACUUCAAAAGGAUAGUUUAAUAUCAAUUAGUGGAAGUCAUACAUUAGGGAACGGCUCGACUGAUUGGACAAAUUCUGUAUUAUGUCAACUUGAUGAAAUCAAGAAAAUCGACAAUACCGAUUGUAAUGAAUUAAUAGUGAAUAGUUUGCAACCAUCUGGCAUGGACAGCAACAGACAUGCUAGCCAUAAUUAUUUAGCAGCGAUGGAUGAAAAAUUAGGCGUGAUAUCGAAAAAGACCAUGAUAAAUGACUGGCUUCAUUAUAACAGUAUUCCUAAACCAGCCACUACAACCAUGCCGACACCUUCUUAUUUACAAUACUAUCAUAAUAACAAUAACAACAAUUGUAAUUUAUAUUCCAAAAAGGAGUUUACAGACCGGCGGGAUGAAUCGUCCUUAAUUUCGGCACAACUGAAAAAACAGGGUAAAAAGAAGCACGACCAUAUCAAAGAAAAACUGGAUAUUGCAGCAGCAAGAAGAAACGCGAUAAAAACAAACCGUCUUAAAGAGCAAAUGGACGCAGCAUUAUAUGAAACCAUGCAUUUGCUGAGGAAUAAUAAUGAAAAUAUGCAACAAGGAAAGCAAACGUUACAGCAACAAGAUUUGGAAGACCUAUUUCUCAGCAACAUUAAAAAAGGAGGAAGAAAGGUCUAUUAUUCUGAUGAUACGGCAUCUUCAUCCUUAUCUACUGAAUAUUGUUUACCUAUCAAUCAAUUCCAACAGCAAGCUUUGUAUUAAUUAGGUAAAGGCUGGUUUCAUUAC